CUUUCCAGGUAAGAUCCAAUGGGAGAGAGUUCCCAGGGCCUUCGGGGUAUCCGUGCUGCUUGGGAGGUUGAGGGAGGGGGCAUGAAAUCAAAAAGAAAAAGGAAAUAUGUGUCAAACUGGAUUUGGUGUUUUCCAGGUUUCUUGCCAUAAUGUAAGAACUGUCUGUGUGGGCUGGGAGGGUGCUGUGUGAUUUGAAGGAGAUCUUUCCCAGAACACCUGGCCUUCUCUGCCUCUGCCAAACGUCACAGCCUUUGGGUUGGACUGGUCAGCACUGCUUGGGAUUGUGCAGAAGAGGUUUGGGGUUGCAUCAAGUGGCACCUGUGGCGAACAGAAUCUGAGGGACACACUCCCUCACAGGCACUUACUUGAACCUGGAGACACAGUUCUCCUGGUGUGUGCCCAGGGGUGCAGGAGAAAUUCACGGUCAUCCUCUGAACUUUUAGGACUUUAAAAAGCACUCAUGUUUCCAUCUCGCUGUUGACUCCUGGCUUAAAGGGAGCUCCCGGGGUGAGUGAUGGAGGCGGGAUCGGACCCUGGCAGUCUGACGGCAACACCUGUGUUCCUCUGCACUGGGCCUUGGACAACAUUACACACCUUGGUUUGAAAAAUGCGCCCAGCUGAGCAACACGGGACUGACACAUUGAAGGAGCAGCUGCAGGACACACCCAAGAAGCCUCCUGGAGGACUCGGGGGGCAUUUACGGCUGGAGGCUUCAUCUAUGGCUGGCGUUUUCAUCUAUGGCUGGCGGUUUCAUCUAUGGCUGGCAUUUUCAUCUAUGGCUGCGGGCUUUAUCCAUGGGCUGGAGACUUUAUCCACUACUGGGAGCUUCAUCUAUGUCUGGAGACUUCAUCUAUGGCUGGUGUUUUCAUCUAUGGCUGCGGGCUUUAUCCAUGGGCUGGAGACUUUAUCCACUACUGGGGGCUUCAUCUAUGUCUGGGGGCUUCAUCUAUGGCUGGAGGCUUCAUCUAUGCCUGCGUGCUUUAUCCAUGGGCUGGAGACUUUAUCCACUACUGGGGGCUUCAUCUAUGGCUGGCGGUUCAUCUAUGGCUGGGGGUUCAUCUAUGGCUGGAGGCUUCAUCUAUGGCUGGAGGCUUCAUCUAUGGCUGCGGGCUUUAUCCAUGGGCUGGAGACUUUAUCCACUACUGGGGGCUUCAUCUAUGGCUGGGGGUUCAUCUAUAGCUGGAGACUUCAUCUAUGGCUGGCGGCUUCAUCUAUGGCUGCGGGCUUUAUCCAUGGACUGUGGGCUUCAUUCACGGCUGGGGGCUUUAUCUAUGGGCUGGAGACUUUAUCCACCACUGGGGGCUUCAUCUAUGGCUGGGGGCUUCCUCCACGGGCUGGGGGGCCUCAUCCAUGGCUGGUUUGCCCGAUCUCUUUCUGAGCCACAGAAACAGAUUAUUAAACAGAUAAUUUUAUUGAGUUCCACUUUUAUAGUUUUUUAAAUACUUUUUGUUUCAAAAGUUUUGUUGAUAAUUGUAUGAAAUAACUAAACCUGAAUUACCCCUUUUAAUUAUUUCCUUGUGUCAAUAUAGAAAGAGUGGAUUUAAGGAAACACUGAGAUGCCCGUCUGUGUUUGUGAACAGGCGUGUUGGGUCUAAAGCCUUUAUCUGGUAGCUUUCCAGAAGAUCGCCCCGCCUUACACUUGCUUUCUGCGGGUCCCAGAGGCUUCCAUUUGAAAGGAGCCUGUCUCCCUACUCUGCCUCACCCUACACCAGCUCACCUGCAAUCCACUGACUUUGUAAACACUUUCUUCCACCGUCACCUCAUUGAAUUCAGAACUUUGGAAAAUAAAAAUUCUAAAAACGUGGGAGUGGAUAUGAUCUGGAAAUACCUGCUGUAAUAUUUUUAAUGGAAUCUACUGGAAACUAUUAGUUUAUGUUUUAAAUAAAACCAUCCCUUAGCAUUAGAA